CCGGGAUUUGCUCUCUCAUUUGUUACAUAUACUGUUGCUAUACAAUAUGGCUGCAGAUUGGCUGGGAAGUAUUGUAUCUAUAAACUGUGGAAAUACGUUGGGAGUUUAUCAAGGCUGUGUAUCUGCUGUGGAUCAAAUCAAUCAAACAAUAUCCCUUACUCAGCCGUUCCACAAUGGAGUUAAGUGCUUAGUGCCAGAGGUCACCUUCAGGGCUGGUGACAUAUCGGAAUUAAAGAUUCUUGAAAUUCCUUCGGAAAGUCUGAAGUUCACAAGUGAUCAGCUGAAUGACCACUCUACAGGUUUUGGAUACCUGCCAUCUCGUCAGCAGAAUGGUACCAGCAAGCAGAAGCCAACGGUAGCACAAAGCACUGCCCAGAACAUUCCUGGCCGAGAGGAGGGGAAGGCCACUGAGCCAUCUAGUAGUUCACCGCAACCCUGUUCUAAAAGUUAUAUAGACAGGCACAGUGAAGCAGCCAAUCAGCCCAAAAACUUCCGCAGAAGACACAAUUCCUGGUCAUCUAGUAGCCGCUAUCCAAACCAAGUUACACCAAAAAAAAGCGGCACUAAAAAUGGGCAGAUGAAGGCACGUGAUGAUGAAUGCUUUGGAGAUGACUUGGAAGAAAUUCCCGACACUGACUUUGACUUUGAGGGCAACCUUGCUCUGUUUGACAAAGCAGCUGUCUUUGAAGAGAUAGAUACGCAUGAAAGGAGGGGGGGGGGAGGAGGAGCAAGGUCGCGGGGGACCCCAAAUGAGAGGCCUCCAACUUACAGGCAUGAUGAGAACAUCCUGGAAUCAGAGCCAAUCGUAUACAGGAAGAUUGUGGUUCCUCAGUCUGGAGGAAAGGAAUAUUGCACAGAUUCGGGACUUGUGGUACCCAGUAUAUCCUAUGUCUUGCACAAGAAGCUACUGUGUGUGGCUGAGAAACAUGGCCUCUCAGUGGAGAGGAGACUGGAAAUAUCUGGAGUCUGUGCUAGCCAAAUGGCACUUACACUGCUUGGAGGGCCCAACAGACUGAACCCUAAGAAUGUUCAUCAGCGCCCUACUGUGGCCCUACUCUGUGGCCCCCAUGUGAAAGGAGCCCAGGGAAUCAGCUGUGGUCGGCACUUAGCCAACCAUGAUGUUGACAUUAUCCUUUUCCUGCCAAAUUUUGUGAAAAUGCUGGAACCAGUUACCAACGAGCUGAAUCUAUUCUGCCAGACUCAGGGCAAGCAAGUAUCUAGCGUUAAAGAUCUGCCAGAAUGUCCUGUAGACUUGGUCAUUAACUGCUUGGAUUGCAAUGAAAACUCCUUCUUGCGUGACCAACCCUGGUACCGUGCAGCUGUAGACUGGGCUAACCAGAACCGGGCUCCUGUGCUGAAUAUUGACCCUCCUGUGGGUGACCAUGUGCAGGGCAUUCAUGCCAAGUGGUCGCUAGAGCUGGGCUUACCACUUGCUCUAGGGGAACAGGCCGGGAGGAUAUACUUAUGUGACAUUGGCAUCCCACAGAAAGUUUUUAGGGAGGCGGGCAUUAGCUACCACUCCCCUUUUGGCUGCAAGUUCGUUAUCCCAUUGCAUUCCAUGUAGGUAUAGAAUGGACAGCCAUCCUGUGCCAGCUUCAUAUUGAAAGUACUUUUCUGAUGCCUUAACAGUAUGGGUGCAGCCGUCUUAUGAUUUGGUCAAUAAAACAGUGAUAUGGUGAUAAGUCA